UACACUCGGCGCAGCAAUCUGUCAAUCGGGACCGUACAUCUAGUUGCCCAUAGAUAGGACGAUCCCAGCCUUUGAUCAGUUGCCUCCAACGCGACACUAGAAAAAACAUGAUUAACGGCUGAGAUUCACUGGAUAGAAAAAAAAAGUGAUAGAUACAAAGUAAAAGUGGGCCAGCCAUAUUAAAACCGAAAGUGGACGGCCGAGAUUGAUAUAUCAAAAAGCGAGGUGUUACACUGGAGAGAUUCCGGCUCUGCCGUAUCAAUCUCUUCCGUUGCAACUAGUUCAUAUCUUUAUUCCCGUUCUACCCUUCUCUCUGUCGAUGCCAUUUCUUGCUUCGGAUCUGUUUUUGCCAUUUCUCAAUGCCGGAAUCCAACGCAAAUCGCAAGUGGGGGCAUUCGUCAGCUGAUUCGGACGAAGUUCGUCACAAGGAAACAGAUAAGCUUCAAAAAAGAGACUCAAUCAGUACCAAAGGCAAAAGAGUAGUGGAAUUAGGAGUGUUCAAUGAUGACAGAGUAGACAACAACGUGGAUGUGGAUCAUCAUAACAUGGAAAGUAAUGGCUUGGAUGAUUUUGUGACCGUGGAUGCUGAAGCUAGAGUGGAUGAUCAAGGUCCUAUGUUACAAAUGGAAAAUGAAAUAUCAGAACCACAGGAGAAUAUGGAAUUUGAAUCUGAAGCAGCUGCAUAUAAUUUCUACAAUGCAUACGCGAGGCAGAUGGGUUUUAGCAUCCGCCUAAGUAGAUGCAAACGGUCGAGUAAAGAUGGAAAGGUGGUAAGCCGAUGGAUUGUAUGCUCGAAAGAAGGCGUACCUCGGAAGUCCAAGGCUACAAAACUGAAAAGGGCCAUCACGAGGGAAAAUUGCAAGGCGACAUUGUGGGUGAAGAAACAGGCUUCCGGAUGCUGGGUUGUAAGGCGGUUUAUCAAGGAGCAUACUCAUGAACUAGCUCCUCCAAAUCAAGUAUGUUUCCUCCGAUCACAUCGGCAGAAUCGAGAUAAUGCCAAAAACCUGGUCUGUGUAUCCAAGGGAGGAGCAUCUAAUACACAGACCGUGCUUGAUUACUUCAAGCGCAUGCAAAAGGACAAUCCUGCGUUUUACUAUGCAUACCUAGUUGACGAUGACGGACAGAUGCGUAGUUGUUUCUGGAUUGAUGCGAGAUCGAGGAUGGCAUAUAGUUAUUUUGGGGAUGUGGUGACAUUUACCACCUAUAAAACAAACGACUGUCAAAUGCUAUUCGCUCCAUUCACAGGUGUAAAUCAUCAUAAUCAAUCCAUUUCGUUUGGUUGUGCACUUAUUGUGGAUGAGACGGAGUCUUCACUUACUUGGCUAUUUGAGACCUGGCUCGAUGCGAUGUUUGGACGGCAUCCUAUCUCGAUAGUAACUAACCAAGACAAGGCAAUAAGAGUGGUAAUUGAGAAAGUGUUCCCGAGGACUUGUCAUCGUUUCUGUAAGUCACACAUUCUUAACAAGGCACAAGACAAAUUGGGUCCUAUUUAUAGGAAGGAACCUGAAUUCAGUAAGAUGUUUAGGGAAUGCAUAAACCACUCUUUGACGAUCCAGGAGUUUGAAACGGCUUGGUGGGAUCUAAUUCGUAACUACAAUCUUGAGGGGCAUGAGUGGCUUCACAUGUUAUAUGAGGACCGUCAAAGAUGGGUUCCAGCAUAUUUACGGGAUACAUUCUUCGCCGACAUGAGUACAAAUGAAAGAAGCGAAACCACGAUCUCGCUUUUUGAUGGGCUUGUGAACUCGAAGGCAACUCUAAGGGAGAUUGUAGUUCAAUGUGGGAAAGUCUUAGAUAAUAGGUAUGAAAUUGAGGCAGAAGAGGAUUGUAGAACUGCUCAGAGCAGACCUUUUACAAUGGAUCAAGGCCCAUUGGAAAGGCAAGCUGGCGGUAUUUACACAAGAAAGAUUUACAAGAAAUUUCAAGAGGAAGUAUCUGCCAUGAGCAACUAUAUUGCAGAAAAAGUCGAUUCAAAUGAAGGAGUUGACACGUACUUGGUGGAAAAGUAUAUGCAGGAUCUGGGCCAGAUAAAGAAAAAAUACAUUGUGAAUCUUAAUGCUUCGAACAUGGAGGUCAAAUGUAGCUGUAAGAUGUUUGAUUUUUCUGGGAUUCUAUGCAGACACACGUUAUUGGUUUUCAGAAUGAAGAAUAUUCUUAUGCUUCCUUCCCACUAUUUCUUAAAGCGAUGGACAAGAUAUGCAAAGAGAGGGACCGUCCUCGAUGGACUUGGCGAUGAGGUAAUUGGCGACCGGCAUGAGGACUUAACUUCACGAUACAAUAGUAUAUGUCGUGCAACUCUCAAACUUGCAGAGGAAGGAUCAAAAUCUAUAGAGAAGUAUAACAUAGCAAUGCGCGCUUUAAAUCGGGCUUAUAAGGAGGUCAUCGGAAUGGAUUGUGAUGAUGAAGAAGCAGGACAGCCCUUGAAUCCUGUGAAUGAAAAUCAACCACAUGUAACUUUGUGCGAUGCUCCAAGUUCCACACCAAAGGGCCGUCCGACGCAUUCCAAAUAUAAAUCUCACCUAGCAAAGAACAUGCAGAAGGAGUUGUACAAGUGUAGCAUAUGUAAUAGUUCUGGUCACAACACACGUACAUGUGCCAAGAAGCGACAAACAGGGAACAAGGACACCAUCGAAUUGGAUUCGAAUAUGAACAAUCACCUGUCCUUACAAAAUGUGGGGUAUGGAAAUAAUACAAGCAUUUCUCACAAUGGUUGGAGCAGCAAUCAAAGUAUUGGAUUUCAUGCAUGUAGGUUUGUUUGAUUGAAGCAGAAGAUGAUUUCCAGCUAUCAAUGUAUCAUUCAUCCAUGGACUCAAAGGUCUGCGGUGUAUAUGGGCAGAGUUAGGGAGGAAGGUUUACUAGUUUAGAAGGCGGUCAUUUCUCUCAUGCACCCCAAAUCCUAAUGUUCAGAUCAUCAAUUCAUAUCUCUGUAUUAUCCCUGAAUAUUACUGACAAAGGCCCUGCCCAAUUUCCAUUUCUUAUUGGCCUGCUUGAUCGUGGCCUUUAAAUCGUGACAUAGUUACUUGAUUUUGCUUUAUGUCCCAUGCUUCUGCAGAUUUCUGAGAAACUUCCUUUUAGAAGAAAGCUCCAUCCUUGAGAAAGAUGGCAACUGGGUUAAAUUUGCUGCUAACGAUGCUGUUCUUGAGACUCCUAACUUGUAUAAUAGAGCUGAAAUUCUCUCCAGAAGAAAGAAAGCUCUCGUGUCAAUGUAACAUUAGACGGGUUGUUGUUGGGGAUGUGCUUUUUCUCUGAUUUGGAAGGUCUGUUUAAUGGUUCUUGCACUUUUUAACCAUGCUGACACUUUUUAGUUUUGUAGCAUAGCUACUGGGGAUUUUUGUUUGGCUGAAAAGUUCAAUGUGAACUAGCCCAUUUACUGUACCACCCUUGCAUUGGGAAAAAAAUUCUUUUUGAUUGAUGGAUAA